GCUUUGGGUGCAAUGGCAGAUCUAGGUGUUUCUCAUGCCCUUGUGGGCCUCUUUGUGAUUUUCUGCUGUCUUAGCAAUGUAGCUGGAGCUCCUGAGAGCUGUAAUGUGGUGGAUGCUGAGAAGAUUCCUUGUGGUGAACCUGGUGUAGCUGCUGCUCGCUGUGAUGCCCUGAACUGCUGCUUCGAUGGCCAGCAGUGUUACUAUGGAAAAGCUGUUACUGUCCAGUGUACAAAAGAUGGCCAGUUCAUUCUGGUGGUGGCCAGAGAUGCAACCCUACCUGGGAUCAACCUGGAUUCCAUCAGCCUGAUGGGAGGAAAUUCUGGACCCUGUGGUCCUGUUGACUUCUCUUCAGCUUUUGCCAUCUACCAGUUCCCUGUUACAGCUUGUGGAACCACCAUGAUGGUCCAGGAUGGUUAUGUGAUCUAUGAGAACAGGAUGAUGUCUGUCUAUGAAGUUGGUGUUGGACCUCUUGGCUCGAUCACAAGAGACAGUAACUUUGAGGUUUACUUCCAGUGUAGAUUUUCUGCUACGACCUUUGAGGCUGUGAUUGUUGAAUCCUACUCCCAUGCUGAUCCCUUGCCUGUUGUUGCUGCUGGACCUCUCACAGUAGAACUGAGACUGGCUAAUGGUCAGUGUAUCUCAACUGGCUGUAGAACUGCACAAGAAGCCUACACUUCUUACUACAGUGAAGCUGACUACCCUGUGACCAAGGUUCUCAGGGAGCCUGUGUACGUUGAGGUGCGCAUCCUUGAGAGGACUGAUCCCAACAUCGUUCUGGUUUUGGGACGCUGUUGGGCAACCACUACCUCCAACCCUAACAGCUUUCCUCAAUGGGACCUUCUGGUGAACAGCUGCCCAUACCAGGAUGACAACUACAGGACCAUACUGGUUCCAGUUGACUCCUCAUCUGGACUGACUUUCCCCACACACUACAGAAGAUUUGUCUUCAGCAUGUUCACCUUUGUGGAACCUGAGUCCAUGACUUACCUGCAAGAGAUGGUCUUCAUCCACUGCACUACCGCCGUAUGCGUUCCAAAUGAAGUCGAUGACUGUGAACCAAGAUGCAGCAGGAAAAGGAGAGAUGUCUCUACUGCUAAACCGGACUCUGCUAACAAAUCGACCGUCGUGUCCAGUGGAGCAGUGAUCUUUACAGAUUCACCAAACCACACUGCCUAAACCUGU